UAAACGAUCGUCAGUUGAAUAUCUGCAACGAAAGGUAUUGUUUGUAGUCGAACACCCAGAAUACGCUUUUUUUUCUAUGGGAAAUACAUAUUAGACGAACGCGAGUGCGAACGAGAAAUAUUAAACGGACGGAAAAGCAACAAAAUUAAUCAUAAAUUAAAGUGAGGAAAAAACGAACAUAAUAAGUGAAGAAAAUUUACCCAACAAAAAACAAAAUAAAUAAUCAUGUCAAAAAUCCGCCCUCUAUCAGCCAAACUGGCAGAAAAUGCCCAAAAAGAAUUGGGUGAAGUACCCGAACGCAUUGAUGAAGAUAUUGCCACACUGCGUGAAUGGAUCUCAAAACAACCCCAUCUGAAAGCCCGCACAGACGAUCAACUGUUGGUGGCAUUUUUACGCGGCUGUAAAUAUAGUCUGGAAAAGACCAAACAGAAGGUCGACAAUUUCUAUGCGAUGCGUAAUGUUGUACCUGAAAUAUAUAAAAAUCGUUUUGUCGACGAUAAAGCGAUAGAGAUAUUGAGACAGGGAUGUUUGCUGCGUUUACCGAAACCCCUAAGCGAAGCUGGACCCCGCAUACACAUUUCCCGUUAUGGUCUUUACGAUACAAAUAAAUUCGGUUUGGCCGAUGUUGUUAAGGUCGGCACAAUGUUGGGCGAAAUACAAUUUCGUGAAGACGACAAUGCCAUGGUAAUGGGUUUUGUGGAAAUUAUUGAUCUCAAGGGUGUUGGAGCCGGACACAUUUUCCAAUUUGAUGCGGUACUCAUUAAAAAAUUGGCCGUUUUGGGUGACAAGGCAUGGCCCUAUAGGCCAAAGGGUUUCCACUUUGUCAAUGCACCAUCGGGUACAGAGAAAUUGUUGUCAAUUGCCAAGGGUUUGAUGAGUGAGAAAAUUAAACAAAGGUUCCACAUCCACAGCAAAUAUGAAUCGUUGUAUGAGUAUAUCCCACAAGAAUGCCUGCCUGAGGAAUAUGGUGGCAGUAAUGGCACCAUAGCCGAUGUCAUCAACACAUGGGAAAAGAAAUUGCUGGAAUAUAAGCCAUACUUUGAAGAAGAAGCUCAAUAUUGUACAAAUGAAAAACUUAGACCUGGCAGACCAUUGAACUCGGAAUCCCUGUUUGGCAUAGAGGGUUCAUUUAGAAAAUUAGAUAUUGAUUAAAUCAUAUUUUCUCUGGGGAAGCUACACUUAUUACUGGGUUGGAACAUAAAGUACAAUUCUUGGAUAAUGCAUUAGAUUUUAAUAGUUUUAAAUUUUGUCGGUUUUUUUCAUAAACAUCAAGACUUUAAUACAAUAAUUUUUUUAAAUAAAUAAUUUUUAAUAAAAAUUUGAAACAUAAAAAAUAA